GAUGACGUAUCGAACCAUUCGCCACAAUGACUGUCAAAAUUGUUAUUUAACCUCUCCGUGUAAAGUUGCGAAUUGAUUUCUUCUCGAAAAUAACUCGUUUUUUACCUUUAUAUAUGUCAUUCAAGUUCGUUUCGGUGGCCCGAAGUGUCGUGAAUCGCGUUAAUCCCGUGAAAUUGGGGCCGUCAUCGGAAAUUCGCCGCCGUUAGGAUUUUCAGUGAACUGUCAAAAAAAAGGAACUCAAAUUGAGUUGGUUUUUCUAAUAAAUUUUAAUCCCGCGAUAUGUCCACGCCCGCCCGAAGACGUUUAAUGCGAGAUUUUAAAAGGUUACAAGAGGAUCCUCCAACGGGGGUAAGCGGGGCCCCCACUGAUAAUAACAUCAUGAUUUGGAACGCGGUGAUAUUUGGGCCACAUGAUACGCCGUUUGAAGAUGGCACUUUUAAGUUAACCAUUGAAUUUACUGAGGAAUACCCAAAUAAACCCCCUACGGUUCGAUUUGUGAGCCACAUGUUUCAUCCAAAUGUAUAUGCUGAUGGGGGAAUAUGUCUUGAUAUUUUACAGAACAGAUGGAGCCCCACUUAUGACGUUUCUGCAAUCCUGACCUCGAUACAGUCUUUACUUAGUGAUCCAAAUCCGAAUUCCCCAGCAAAUUCAAUGGCUGCUCAGCUUUAUAAAGAGAAUAGGAGGGAGUAUGAGAAGAGAGUGAAGGCGUGCGUGGAGCAGAGUUUCAUCGAUUAGCAGCAUUGGAAGGAGGAAGAUAAAAAGAAGAGGUGUUGAGAGUUUCACAAAAACGUCUAAAUUAUUAUAUUAUGUCUCAUUGCUACUAUAUUGAAUUGUUUUUUUGCUGCCCCCUUUAACUUUAACCUGUAAGUUAUUUAAAUAGAACUUUUUCUUUAUUUUGCUCCCCUUA